GAAAUGGAAACCACAAGUAUAAGAAUAAAGAGCACAAUGACAGAGUAACAGAAAUAAGUGUUCAGUUGUGUGAUUUGGAUGGUGACUGUGAGGAUUAGACUGGAUGAAUUUAUAUUUUGAGACAAUUUUUGACAUAUCUGGCUUGUGUUUAAGAUGGAUUGUCUAUACCCGAGGAAGAUGGCUUUGUUCCUGGCCGUGUUUGUUGUUUUCAUCCUCCAUGUGAGCACUGAUGCACAAGGAGCUCAAGGUCCUGCCCACCAAUGUCCUGUCUUUAAAGUUCAGAGAGGGACUGUCCAUAAAGCCUGUAUAAAUAAGCCUUUCAAGAUCUCCUGCCAUCUGAAGUAUUGUGAUAAUCAGACAGUCAACAUUACAUGGACUAAAGAAAAACUGAAAGGAUGGAUUUCAGUGUCUGGAACAGGUCAAAUGUCAUCAUCACAGAAUUAUUCAGCACCUGAUCUUCUGACUUCAUAUUUAACUUUCACAAAUAUAUCAAAGAAUCAUGAUGGCCUCUACAGAUGUGAACUACAGUUACCAAACUCAUCAACAUUUAGCCAUUAUAUUAAUAUUUCUGUCGCAGAUGACAGCCUGGGAGAUGAAAUGUCUUGCACUGAAAAGAAAGAAAACACUGAAAGAGACAACACAGAUACCAGCUUUGAUUCAAAGCCAUGGUGGAUGCCGUAUCUCUUUAUCUGUAUGGGUGUAGUGAUUCCUGUUCUCAUAUUAAUACUCAUCUUUAUCCUGUGUAUUAAUGGAUUUAAAACUUCGAGAAGAAGGAAAACACAGAGAGCGCAGGUUCAGUAUACAGCAACAUCUGUCUUGUCGUCACCGAGCCCCACUGCUCUGAAGCGUGAUGAAUUUGUCAGCGUCCAGUACUCGGAAGAAACACAGCGGCCCUCUCGUGACAGCAACACAUGCAGUUUACCAUUACCACCUGUAUCACAUCUGUCAGAUUGUGUGGGUGAUGAUUCUUUGUUCAACAGGAGAGAUAACAGUUCAAGCCAGGUUGUAUAUGCAUCUCUGAGCCACCUUACACCAACACCAUCAUCUACUGCACCCCGUCCGACAAGAGAGGAGUUUUCAGAGUAUGCAGCAAUCCGGGUCUCGUGAUAUCUCUUCUGCGGGUUAUGCGUAACCAGACAAAGUUAAGCAACAUUUUCACGGCUCCAAAAUUCAUUCACAGAUGAAGUUUUGUGAAACUGUACAAUAUUGUCUGGCUAUUUUGUCUCACAGGAAGCAGGAGAUGUAUGCAUGUUUUCAUACCUCACAGUAUAUAUCAUCGCAUGAUGUUAUUUUCCUCGUUACAUCACGGAAAAUUUUCGCAGUGAGUUCAAUGUGGUUUCUAAGUGAAACUCAUACCACUAAUCAUAGGCGCCUGCUGCAACACAUCCAUAUCCUGAAGACUUGUUAGUCUACAUUUUAUGCACUAAAAUGAAAAAGUUAAUACAGUAACAGUUCGUUACAUAAUUAUUUUCUGUUGUUGAGAAUAUGUUGUAUUUUGGGGAUUUCUAGUUGUCCUGUCAACUUGUGAUUUAAAAUAUACAGAUUUUAAUAGCUUCUGUGUUACAUUAUUUAAAAAAAAAAAAAAAAAAUAUUAUUGGUAAUUUUUUCAGACUAGGAUGGUUUAUGAUUAUAAUUUAAAAGUGUCCCACUUUACCUGAUGCUUCUGUCUCACUUACAAAAUGAUUAAGGCCCUUUUGGCAAUUAUUAAUAACUGUUACAACAAUUGAUUCCUGACAUUUAUAUACAUGAAGGGCCAUUGAUGAUUAAAUGUAUUUGUCUCAUUUAA